UCUGUACGAUUCUCGGAGUAAACGAAUAACCGACUAAAAUAAGCGACAAUAAUUUUUUCAAUAGUUUAGAAACUCAGGCGCUUUAUACUUUAUGUGCACCGUACAUUUUGUGAUGUGUAAACAUUUUCUCAUGAAUUUUUACAGACCGUAGUAAUCGAUCCGUUUAACUUGAGAAAUAAUGUUCCUUAUUCGAUUAAACAUACUCGUCUUUCUUUUUCUUCCAAAAAAUGCAAAAUCGCAAGAUUUUUUCAACGCCGACAAACAAACACCUUUCAUUUUAGAUAUUUGCAAAUUAUCCGCAUCGAAAUCUGUAAUUUUCUUACACUAUGAAUCUAUAAAAGAGAUGGAAAUGACAACGAUGAUUUUCAAAUGGAGACGUGCACUUUCUCGUGAAGGGAUUGCGAGCACGAAUUUGCAUUUUUCACAAUUGCACAAAUCAUCGUACUACGUAAAACAAAUUGUACGACCGUAUUACAUAGCAGUGAUCUCUAAUAACAACGCGAUUAAUGCGUUCUCUUUAGCAACAAGUACCUUUGACAUGUCUUCAGCUAUGUGGCUAGUAAUAUUCAUUUACAAGGAACAUGGUUUCGAUUAUUGUCACAAUCCACCAGGUAAUAUAUUUCAUCUAAAAUUCGACUCAGAAAUGUUAGUCCGUUGUGGUACGGAAAAUAUUUUACGGGAAUGGUAUUCGGUCGAUACGAAUCUAAUCGAGAUCAAUGACGUAGCUAUAUGGAACUUAGAGAAAGGAAUCACUAAAAUGGUUACAAAUUCUCUUUACGACAGAAGAUAUAAUUUACAGGGUUUGAUCAUGAAAGCUGUUACAGUUAAGGGUUCAUCUUUCAUUAACGUAAAAAAAAAUAGCGAAUUAGGUGGUAUUUUCAGUGAGCUAUUAAAUCAAAUUUGUAUUACUCUCAACGUUAGUUUCGACAUUGUCUCGGAGGUAGAAGAGUUCGGAAGAUGGAAUCCAAAUAAACAGACUUGGUCUGGAGCAAUUGCAGAAUUAUAUUCUGGACGUGCCGAUAUUUCUCUUUCAGGUUUUUCUAUUACCAGUGCCAGAUUGAAUGUUGUUGACUUCACUCUUCCUAUUACAUACACCAAAAACCUUCUUGUUAUUCAAGAACCAGAAAAAUUCGGGAUUAAAUGGUCAUCUCACUUUUUAACUUUCACUAAUUCUGUUUGGAUUGCUAUUCUUGGAAUAUUAAUAGCUUCAUCAAUCUUAUUUAUUUUUCUCAAAAUACAUAAUGGUACUGAUCGUAAAAUAGGAUGUUUAUUCAUCGAUAAUUUUCUGGAGAUUUGUGGCAUAUUGUGCCAACAGGGACUAGCAGAUUUUCCUGUUAGAUCUUCGCUAAGAAUAGCAUACUUCUCUUUAUUUCUUUUGGUUACCGUCUUAUCGGCCGCUUAUUCAGCAGCUUUGAUAAGUUUCUUAACGUCCACUACCCACAUUUUACCUUUUCAUUCAUUAGAGAGCUUCGUUGAAGAUGGUACUUACCAACUUGCCGUCGUUCGUGGUUCGGCUUAUUAUGAUAAGUUUGCAAAUUCGAGAGAUCCACUCGCAAAGAAAUUGAUGAAGUUGAUGUUAGAAGAUAAAAAAUUGCCCCUUACUGAACAAGAAGCAUAUAAGAGAAUUUGUAAAAAUCAGAAGCUAGCAAUCUACUCAAUUCAACACAAUACGCCAGUAAAUCUGGAAAUUCCAUGCAAUGUAGUUCGUAUUGAUACAGGACAUGUAAAUAGUAUUGCUAUGAUUUUAUCUAAGCACAAUCCAUUCACUAACGUCAUCAAUUUUCAGUUGCAGAAAUUUUUCGGCAAUGGCAUUAUGAGUCGUUUGAAAAAUUUACCAUUUGAAAAGAAAUCCAAUGAUAUGAUAAAGCAUCAACCGGUUCCCGUAACCAGCGUAAUAUCACUUCUUAUCUUUAUCCUAAUUGGAAUCGUUUUGAGUACUUGUAUUCUGAUUAUAGAAAAGUUUAUUUUUACUCAUAAAAGGAAAAAAAUAUCGAUGACUAACUUCACUUUUCUGGAUUUCUUUAACGACAUAUUCCAAUACUACAUUAAAUAAUAGAGGCGACAGUGCAUUUCUCUACUUUAAUCUGCUGUAAGUACUAAAAGUUUCCUCAGCCAAAUCAAAAUUUCAAACAAUUUCUCUCUGUUUCAUCGUAUCAUACGUUUUUUUGAAAUCAAUGUAAAGCUAAUGUACACUUUGAUCAAAUUUCCAUUUUUUCUCCAAAAUUUGUCGAAUAUUAAGAUGUAAUCGAUCUAUUUCUUCUAAAACCACAUUGAUGAUCCCUAAUUAUUUCAUCUACAUAUUGUACAAGCCUCGUCAAGAAAAUAUUCGAUAAAAUUUUAUAGUAUGUAGGUAAAAGUGAGAUGCUCCGAUAAUCAUUACAGUUUAUUUUGUCUUCCUUUUUGAAAAUCGGCAUUAUAAUUGAAUCUUUCCAUUAUUCCGACAAUGCUUAUUUAUUCCAUAUUAUACUUAUAUAACUAAAAAUGUUUUAGAAGUAUUAAAUUUUUCGAUGUUACAUUUUCGA